CCGGAUUCACAUCUCUUGUAACCAACACUCUUCGAUCCUCGGAGCAAAAGAUGGUUCAAACUCCGAUCCAAUAACACCUGCUACAUAGCUAAAAUCGAACAGCCACCCCUAUUAUCGCCCCUUCAAGACUGACUGAGAGUGUGAGUGCGAGUGCGAGGGCGACAGUCUUCCUGGAAUUCGUUCCCAUCUCCAGUCGUGUUUGCUCAUUCAUUCAUCUCCUGAUCUCAUCUCAUCUCUGAUUUUUCCAAAGAGCAUGCCGAUCUGCGAUUCGUCGUCUUCCUCUUCAUCUUCCAGCUCUGCCUCCACAAAGGCGUGGAUUGCACAUGGCGUUUUAGCUGCCGCAGCUCUCGCGGCGGCGCUUGGUGCCCACGCAUUUUUCCACACCCGCCGAUCUGGAAAGUUUCGGAGCCGGGUCAUCGGAAUUAUACCCGCCCGCUUUGCCUCUUCUCGCUUUCAAGGCAAGCCUCUUGUUCCGAUCCUGGGCAAGCCAAUGAUUCAGAGAACAUGGGAGAGAGCAAAAUUGGCUGGAUCACUCGAUCAUGUUGUUGUGGCGACAGAUGAUGAAAAGAUUGCUGAAUGCUGUAGAGGGUUUGGUGCAGAUGUGGUAAUGACUUCGGAAUCGUGCCGAAAUGGCACUGAACGCUGUAAUGAAGCCCUUCAGAAGCUCGGAAAGCAAUACGAUGUUGUCGUUAAUAUUCAGGGGGAUGAACCACUCAUAGAGCCUGAAAUUAUAGAUGGCAUUGUCAAAGCACUUCAGGCUGCUCCAGAUGCAGUCUUUAGCACUGCAGUGACUUCUCUGAAACCUGAAGAUGCAUUUGAUCCGAAUCGUGUCAAAUGUGUGAUAGAUAACCGUGGCUAUGCUAUAUAUUUCUCACGAGGACUCAUACCAUUUAACAAGUCAGGAAAUGUCAACCCUGAAUUUCCAUAUUUACUUCAUUUAGGGAUUCAGAGUUUUGAUUCGAGCUUCCUUAAGAUAUACCCAAAUCUGGCGCCAACUCCACUUCAAUUGGAAGAAGAUCUGGAACAAUUGAAGGUCCUUGAAAAUGGAUAUAAGAUGAAGGUAAUAAAAGUUGAUCAUGAGUGCCAUGGUGUUGAUGUCCCUGAAGAUGUGGAAAAAAUAGAGCAGUAUAUGCGUGAAAAGAAUCUGUCUUAGCUGUAUUGUUCCAUGCACAUUACGGGUUAUUGUGCUACUCCUGUUUAAUUCUGCACUUCCUUUUUAGUCCUAUUCUUUUUUUUUUCUUUUAACUAUAUCUGCCUUCUUUUUUUUGCUGUCAUGGGGAGCAUUUUAUAUAUAUGUAGUUCAAAAAAUAAAACUGGUGUGUGCAUAUGUACGCUAAAUAUAUCUUGUCUGCAAGUGAUGUUUUUACAAUUGCAGAAUAAUCAGAUUAUGCCCAGCGCAUGUAUUAUUUUGGUAUGAACAGUUGAGAUGCUUUUAAUUUUGACCUGCAAUUGUGUUGGAAUGUUUGUUUAAACACACACACACACACACACACACAAAACCACAAGGCUAUUGAUCCUUUUAUCGGCCAUAGUUGUGUGUUGAUUAUGGAUGGAUCGAUCACACACAACAUAUAUUAGAUUAGAGUUGAACUCGUGGACAAGAAAGAUGGAUGAAUUAAACAGUUUUGACUUGAUGAAUAUUUAUAUCAUGAUCAAGAAGUCUAUAUAUAUGUAAAUACUGAUGACUAAUUAAUCAUAGUAGUAGUUGUUAAGUUGUGAUGAGUUGAAGGUGAGUCUUGAAAAGAAGAAUGGAGAGGGAGCGGUUGGCGUCGAGGGAGAGGGAGAAGUAGAGGAAGCCACCGGGGGAGUGGGUGAUGAAUGACCCGAAGCUGCUCCCGGCCACGCAGUGCCACGCCGGCCCGUACACUCGAUCGAAUUCCUAUUAGCAUUAAGAUCAGUAUCAGAUGACAUGAUUCAAUUCAUUCAUAUUAAUUUGUAUUGUUAAUUGGCAUGCAGAUGCAGAUGCAGGUGAUGAAGAUGGCUAGCUACCUUUUUAAGGGAGCGGGCGAGGAGGGUGGGAUUGAGGCGGACGGAAUUAGAGUUGGAGUUGGAGUUGAGUUGGAGGUGGAGGGCGUGACGGAGGGCUCGUUCUUGCAUGGAGAAGGGCAUGUCGGCGGACCUCAGGCGUAUGUUGGAGUUGGAGGUGAUGGCCAUGGCAGCAAGCUUCAGUUGUUCACAUUCAUGUUCAUGUUCUUCCUUGUCAGGAAUACUACUGCUGUUCCUCCUCUGCUUCUGGUUUUGGUUGUCGGCCUUGUUGGUCACGUUCACCUGCUCCGCAAUCUUCUUCUUCUUCUCCUUCUCCAUUGAUAUGGAUGGAGGAAUAGCAGAUCAGACCAGACCAGACCAACAAAGUGGUAGGAGGAAGAGGUGAGUUGAGAUUUUUGACUAAGCAGAAAGAAAGUAAUACUAAUAAUGGAUGCAGGGGAGCAGGUCAAUUUGGUAGUAGUAGUUGUUGUUUUCUGCAGUGCAGCAUGGAAGAGAGAGGCAGGGUACAAUUACAGAUACAGUUUGAAUUUAUUAGAGUUUGACCGAGUGGCAGGUAGGCAGGCAGGCAGGCAGGCUGACUAUUUGAGUUUGAAAUACAGAUGCUACUGCAAGGCAAGGCAAGGCAAGAAAAGUGUGAAAAACACAAUACUCUGCAAUGCAGCUUUUUUAGUACGGAGUAUAAUUUUACAGACAGGAACAGAAUCAUAUGUCCAAACACGGCCUACAGUCUACAGGAGCCACAAGUUUGUAUAUAUCUAUGUUUCAUACAUUCUGUGUCUGAAAGAUAGAAAGAUUUCUUUGAGUUUCUAA